AGAUAGAUGCGCAAUAGUCCAGCAUAAUUCAAACUUGAGUCCACAACCCCCUCCCUCCUCAGUCUUGAGUUUCCCUUUUUCCCCCCUUUAGCCACUCUCUCAUCUCUCCCAUGGAUGCUCCAAAGGAUUAUAUGGCCUGCCUUCUUGAUCAUGGCCUCUACAACUCUGCUCAACUUCUUGGGCAAUUCCUUGUUUCUUCGCCAUCUGGAAAUACUGAAACUAAUUCAAAUGUUAAGGCUGAGAAUUUGCUUUUUCUUGGUGAUUCAUUUUAUCGUGAAAGGGAAUAUCGAAGAGCAAUUAAUACAUAUAAGCAAGCAUUGCAACAUUACAAGAUCACCCCCAAGCAAAAUGCUUACACUCUAAGAAGUUCGUUAUCCGCACCAAACAGGUCUUCUUCUCCAAGUCUACUUAAUAUUUCAACAUUUAAUGAAAAUGAGGUCAAGUUCAAAAUAGCAUCUUGUCACGCUGCAUUGAAUGAGAAUAAAGUUGCACUCCUGGAGAUGGAAGGAAUUCCUAGCAAGGCAAGAAACUUGCCCAUGCAUCUACUGAUGGGAAAGCUAUAUCGAAAUACUAGACACACUCGUGCAGCUGUAAAUUGUUACAAAGAAUGCUUAAGACAUUGUCCUUAUGCCCUUGAAGCCAUAACAGCUAUGGCUGAGCUUGGAUCUUCUGCUAAAGAGAUUAUUUCUUUGCUUCCUCAGACACCAAGUAGAAGCGGGAGAGCUCUCUCUGAUCAUCUUGAAUCUGGACGCUGGCUGCAGCAGCGCUAUGUUGAGGCCCAGUGUUGCAUUGCUUCAAAUGAUUAUAAAGGUGGCUUGGAAAUAUUUUCAGAUAUUCUGCAACGAUUCCAAAAUAAUGUGCAUAUACUACUUGAAGUUGCAAAGGUUGAAGCCAUAGUUGGGAAGAAUGACGAAGCCUUAAUGAAUUUUGAAAAGGCUCGUUCUCUGGAUCCCUAUGUAGUUACUUACAUGGAUGAGUAUGCAAUGCUUCUUAAGAAGAAGUCUGAAUAUCCAAAGCUAAACAAGUUAGUGCAUGAUUUGUUGAACAUUGAUGCUACCAAACCAGAAGUGUUUGUUGCUUUGUCAGUGUUCUGGGAAAGGAAAGAUGAGAGGGGAGCACUGUCUUAUGCAGAGAAGAGUAUUCAAAUUGAUGAAAGGCAUGUAUCAGGAUAUAUCAUGAAGGGGAACUUGCUUUUGUCAUUGAAUCGACCUGAUGCAGCAGCUGUUGCAUUCAGAAAUGCGCAGGAGCUAAAACCCGAUUUGCGGUCAUAUCAAGGGUUGGUGCAUUCUUAUUUGGCCAUAUCUAAGGUUAAAGAGGCUUUGUAUAUAGCAAGAGAGGCAAUGAAGACAAUGCCUCAAUCUGCAAAAGCCUUAAAAUUAGUUGGAGAUGUGCAUGCUAAAAGUUCUAGUGGGAGGGAGAAGGCAAAAAAGUUUUAUGAGUCUGCUCUAAGAUUGGAACCUGGUUAUCUUGGGGCUGCAUUAGCACUCGCUGAACUUCAUGUUGUUGAGGGCCGAAAUGGCGAGGCUGUGUCUCUUCUUGAAAGGUAUCUUAAAGAUUGGGCGGAUGACUCUCUCCAUGUGAAGCUUGCACAAGUAUUUGCUGCCACGAACAUGUUGCAAGAGGCACUGUCUCAUUAUCAAGCUGCAUUGAGAAUAAACUCCCAAAGUGAAGCUGCGAAAAAAGGGUUGGACCGUUUGGAGAAGCUGAUGAAGGGAGUUGAUCCGGAUGCACCUGAGGAAGAUGAAGACAAUGAGGUUGAUGAUGUUGAAGGGGACCAGGAAGAAACUGAGCUUUUGUGAGAUUUGUAAGCUUAUGCAGUAUUUUUAUUCAGUUAAGUGAAGAGGUUGGUUCUUCAAUUAUUCUUGAGUGAACAAUGACUCCUCUGGGGUUUUAAUCACUCUAGAACGUGUACCAUAAAUGUCUGUUGUAACUUAUAUAUAUUUUAUAAAUCUAGGAAUUGAGUAGGGAGAUGUGUAUGUAAAUUUCAGUGCCCAUUUAAUUUGAUUAAUUAGAUUGUUAUGUGAAUGUCCAAUAUAGCGCUACAUUUUUGUAAUGGUUUAUAUAACAUUAAUGUGGUCAUUUUCUAAAACA